CUCAGUCUUGGACAGGACAUCGGAGACAGCGAAGCCUCUCCAAAUCCGUGAAUUUGUGUAUUAACAUAAUAUUAUUGUUUAAAAUAAAGGUAUAGUGGUUAAACCUCACUACGUGUAAUUAUUUGUUUAGUUCUAUAGACGAGGUUUAAUAUCUGUGAUGGACGAAAAUGCUAUACAACAUAUUUUACCGCGUGAAGAUGAUCAAAAGAGAGUUUUGAAAUUUAAAAUAAGUGAAACAAAAAUAUUCAAAAAUAGCUCUCACAAUGUAGAUGUUUUUGAAUGCCUUCAAUCUUUACGGAAAGAUGAAGUGUUAUGUGAUAUUAAAUUAGAAACAGAUGAUGGUUCUAUAGUUAUUGCACAUAAAGUUGUUUUAGCAUCAGUUAGUCCAUAUUUCAGGGCCAUGUUCACUAGUUUUGAAGGAAACAAUACAGAUCAUAUUGAUAUCGGAGAGUUAGAUUCUACCGUUUUACAACUCUUGGUAAAUUAUUUUUAUACUGGUAAAAUCAUGGUGACCACAGAAAAUGUUCAGGUUUUGUUAGCAGCUGCAAAUCUUAUACAAUUAGACUAUAUAAAAAGGGCAUGUGUUGAGUUCUUACAAACACACUUGGACCCUUCAAAUUGUCUUGGUAUCAAAGCAUUUGCUGCCUUUCAUAACUGUACAGAAUUGUUGUCAAGCUCAGAAGCAUUUAUUAAAAAACAGUUUUUAGAGGUGGUUAAACAUGACGAGUUUCUAUCUUUAUCUCCUGAAGAAGUGAUUGGACUUAUCUCCUGUAAUGACCUUACUGUUCCUUUUGAAGAAAAUGUAUAUGAGUGUGUUAUUGAUUGGGUAGAACAUGAACUGAAUUGUAGAAAAAGGUAUUUGCCCGAUUUAAUGGAACAUGUACGAUUGCCAUUAACUUCAAUGCAGUAUAUAUUUAAAAAUGUAGUUGAUGAACCUCUGCUAAAAUAUAAUCCUAUAUAUAAAGAUUAUGCAUUAGAAGCAUUACAUUUUCAUAUGCUUAAGACACAACAGUUCAUCACUGUUCCUAAAACAAUUCGGUGUAAGCCAAGACAACCGGGUGGCUUACAAAAAGUAACUCUUUAUUUAGAUUGGUCAGAAUCUAUGGAAAAGUGCAAUAUAAACUGUUAUGACCCAGCAACCAACCUAUGGAAGAGAGUACCAGAUAUGAGGGAUGGCUGUUGGCCAGUUCAUAUUGGCUUAUUAACAGAUCAAUAUGCAUUUGCUAUUGGUAGUAAUGAUUUACUAAGAACCAGGUCUGUUCAAAUGCUUGAUUUAUCUUCAAAAUCCUUCCGUUGGGAAUCUUUAGAUAAUAUGAUAGUUAAUCGAACACAAUUUCAAGUUGGUAUUUUAAAUAAUUGUGUGUACGCUGUUGGUGGAUUUGAUGGUUCUAAUAAUGUAAACAGUGCAGAGUUAUUUGAUAUCGAUAAUCAAGAGUGGGAAAUGAUAUCUAGUAUGUCGUGUAAGAGAAGAUUGGUUGGUGUUGGAGUACUCAAUAAUCUUUUAUACGCGAUCCAAUCCAUUAUCAUGUUACGCAGAUCAAAACGUACUUGCAAGUCAAAAGUAACUGUUCCGGUUGAAAAUAAUACCUAUGAACCCCCGAUCAAACGUAAACGUGGUCAUCGACUAGAAGUUUCUGUUAAGGAUUCAACAACUGAAGAUGACAGUUCUGGAGAUGAAUUUGCGCCAACUGACAAUACUUCUAUAAAAAGUUCUUGUACUUUGAAUUUAUCAGAAUCGGACAGCGAUAAUGAUGCUCAAGACUCUAACAAGUCUAACAAGACCAAUGCAAAAGCAUUGGAACAGUCUGAUACUGAAAGUGAAGUUGAUGACAAUGUUUGUCAAACAAAUUUUGAUUUCAACACUCUUUUAAAUCCUCAAGAUACCACAGAACUUUCCAAAAGUGAUGUACAAUCUGAGACUGUUGACAGACUUGUGGAAAAUGGUCUUUAUGAUAAUAUGGAUGUUGCCAAAAUCUUAUCUGUGGGAGAAGGAGUUAAUUUAAGAACAGUUUUAAAUAAUGUUGAUGAUACUGUAGAAGAGGAGAUGAAACGCGAUGAUAACUAUACUAUUCCUGAAAUGGUUGAAAUCACUGUUAAACUUCCGAAUGAUAUGAAGUGUAAAAAAGGUCAAGAUAUGGAAAAUAUUCUCAGGAGACGUAUGAAUACAAUAUGUAAGGAUACUCAAGUUUUAAUUCAUAAAGUAAAUCUUCUCUUAUGGAUAUCAUAUGGUAAUCGGUUGAACAGUGUUCUUAAUUCACCAGAAGUCAUGGGAUCAGCAUUGUCUCUAGUACCUUCUAAAAAGGCAUAUCCACCAAAGCAAUGUGAUUUGAAUUAUUUAGAAAAUUAUAUAAAAUGGUUUUCUAAAAAAAUUAAAAUAUCUUCAAAAACUGAUCCAUUAUGUGAAAUAAAUGUAUUAUCUUUGACAGACCGAUUUUCAAGAUGUGAAGCUAAAACAAGAUAUGAACUGAUUGCAAUGUUUAUUUCUAUGUUGAGAUCAUUAGGAUUGAAUGUACGGUUAGUGAUAAAUUUAAAUGCUGUCUCAAUCAAACCAAGUUCUGAUCAAUUAUUGGGUCCUUUAGUAGACGAUGAUCAUAAUAUUAUGAAACCAUCUUGUAGUAAAUCUAAUGAAGAUAAUAAAAAGAAAACUCCGUCAAAAUCAGAAUAUUUCGAUAAAAAAUCAAACAAACUUAAAAAUAGUAAAAAAGAACUUGAAACAAAAAAUUCUAAAGUAGAUGAUAGAAAAAAAAAACCUAAAGUUGGUAAAAUUGUGUAUGAAAAUAUUUCUUCAAGUGAUACUGAAGAUGAGAUUUUUGUAAAAAGCAAAAAAAGUGCUAAAUCUGAAUAUUUUAAUAAAAUUUCAAACAAAGCACAAUCUGAUACAAAAAAAUUAAAAUCUGUUAAUGACAAUAAAAAAGUAACAAAAAAAAAUUCUAAAAUAAUUGAAAAAAUUGAUCGCCGUGUUCUUUCAACUGAUGAAGAAGACCAUACAACACCAAAUAGUGAAACAGUUGCUAAAAAAAAAGUGAAAAAUGACUUUUGGGUGGAAGUAUUUCUGGAAAUGGAAGAAAAAUGGUUUUGUGUGGAUGUUAUUGGUCAGCGUAUACAUUGCAUCAAAGAAAUAUAUAGUAGUACUUCUCAUCCUAUGCGUUAUGUUUUGGCUUGGUACAAUGACAAUAGUAUUAAAGAUAUUACAAAACGAUAUGAUCCAUAUUUUCAUACAUUAACACGAAAAAUCCGAGUUGAUCCUAAAUGGUGGAAAGCUACUUUACGACCUUACAUUCCAACAAGGUCAGCUAGAGAACGUGAGGAAGACGAAGAACUAAAUAAACAAUUGGAAGAAAUACCAUUACCUAAAACGGUUUCUGAGUAUAAAAACCAUCCAUUGUAUGCCCUAUCAAGACAUUUGCUAAAAUUUCAAGCCAUAUAUCCGCCGGAACCACCAAUUGUUGGACAUGUUAGAAAUGAACCAGUUUAUUUACGAGAAUAUGUUCAUGAGCUAAAUGGUAGAGAAAACUGGCUAAAAGAAGCCCGUGUGGUUAAAAUGGGGGAAAAGUGGUACAAGCAAGUUAAAGCACGUCCUAGAUUUGAUCGGAAUGGUGUGCGAACAGAUCCUCCACCAUUAGAAUUGUUUGGUUAUUGGCAAACUGAACCUUACGAUCCUCCAACUGCUACUAAUGGUCAAGUUCCUAGAAAUUGUUAUGGCAAUGUUGAUUUAUUUAAACCUUGCAUGUUACCCAAAGGAACCGUUCAUCUUCAACUGCCUGGGUUACUGCGUGUAGCGAAAAAACUAAACAUUGAUUGUGCUCCUGCAGUUAUAGGUUUUGACUUUCACGCAGGUGGUUCCCAUCCAGUAAAUGACGGUUUUGUAGUAUGCCAAGAGUAUAAGGACACUUUAAUAGAUGCAUGGAACCAAGAACUUGAAGAAAGUCGUAAGCGAGAGCAAAAAAGAUAUGAGGAUAGAGUUUAUGGUAAUUGGAAACGAUUAGUAAGAGCUCUUCUUAUUCGUGAACGAUUGAAAAUCAAAUACAAUUAUUUUGGAGGUGAUAAAGAAGGCCAGUCUACUUCUAAGACAACUGAUAGUAAAAAAUAAAAUCUAUAUGUUAGUAUAUUUAAUUAUGUUAAAUUAAAUCUAUAUCUUGUACGUUUCAAUAGUCAUUAAUAUUUAAUUCCAACAGUAUUAUUAUUUAUUAAUGUUAUUUUGGUUGUUUUGUAAAAUUGUAUUUAUAUUGUGGUCUUUUGUAAUGAAUAUUUUAUUUAAAUAUUUUGUUGUUUAUAAUGUUUCUUCUAAUUGGAAUGAAUAAAUAAUAAUAAUUAUAGUAAAAUAUAAUUUAAAAAAAACAUA